AUGCUCGUUCUUUUUGAAACGGCCGCUGGUUACGCGUUGUUCAAAGUAUUAAACGAGGAUAAAUUAGAAGAACCGAAUGAGCUAUGGAAAGAGGUAAAACUUGUGAACUUUCAAAAAUUUGAAAACAUGAAUGAAGCAGUAAUCUCUGUUAGCGAUCUUUUGGAAGGAAAGCUUUCAAAAGAUUUGAAAAAUUUUUUGAAAGAGUCAUUUGAUAAUAUGGAGUUAUCAAGUGAACAACUUGCUGUUAUUGAUCCAAAGAUUGGUACCACCAUCAGCAAAAAGUUUGGUAUUCAAGUUGUGUCUGACAAAAUCAUUAUGGAGUUGUAUCGAGGAAUUAAGCAACAGCUUGACGCGUUAAUGACUGGCAUUAAAGCUGAUGAUAUAAAUCAGAUGGUAUUGGGUCUUUCUCAUUCCUUGUCUCGCCACAAGUUGAAAUUUUCACCAGAUAAGGUGGAUAAUAUGAUCAUCCAAGCGAUCGGUUUGUUGGAUGAUCUGGACAAAGAAUUAAACACUUACGCAAUGAGAGUUAAAGAAUGGUAUGGCUGGCAUUUUCCAGAAAUGUCAAAAAUUGUGGUUGAUAAUUUGGCGUAUGCCAAAAUAAUUAAGGCUAUGGGUUUCAGAACUAAUGCACAGACAACAGACCUUUCGGAGAUACUUCCGGAAGAUUUGGAAAAGGAAUUGAAAGAAGCAGCCGAGAUAUCUAUGGGAUCUGAAAUUGCAAGAGAAGAUAUUGAUAAUAUUGUAAUGGGAUGUGAACAAAUAAUCAGCUUGACUGAAUACCGUGCAGAACUUUAUGAGUAUCUUAAAAAUCGAAUGUUGGCAAUCGCACCAAAUUUAACUACUCUAGUAGGCGAAUUGGUUGGAGCCAGAUUGAUUGCACAUUCAGGAAGUUUACUUAAUCUUGCCAAACAUCCAGCUAGUACUGUUCAGAUUUUAGGUGCAGAAAAAGCUCUUUUUAGAGCUUUGAAAACUAAAAAUCCUACACCCAAAUAUGGUUUAAUUUAUCACGCUAGUUUGGUUGGCCAAGCAUCUCCCAAAAAUAAAGGCAAGGUAGCUAGAAUACUUGCCACAAAAUCUUCUCUCGCGACUCGUUUUGAUGCUUUAUCUGAAGACAAAGAUAUACAGGCAGAAAUGGGUCAUUCGAAUCGUAAAUACGUUGAAUCAAGAAUAAGAUCAUUAGAAGGACGUAAUGGUGCGGGCACUAGUCAAUCAGUUGGAACCAGUACUGCCGGUAUUAAACGUAAAGCCGAAGAAAUGGCUGCAACAGAAGAAGAAAGUGACGAAGAUUCUACUGAAGAAGAGUCCGAGCAACAUGACAGUACUAAAUCUAUAAAAUCAAAGGAUAAAAAUAAAAAAGCCAAGAAGCAAAUUAAAGUCAGUGCUGGCGGCACAAAACAUAAAGCUAAAGAAAUAGUUUCUACAGAUGAGGAGGAAAGUGAAGUAGAGUCCGCUGAUGAAAGCUCCACUGAAGAAGAGUCUGAUCAAGAUGAUAGCAUUAAAUUUGAUAAAUCAAAAGAUAAAAUUAAGAAAGAAAAGAAGCAAGGACAAUCGGCCGGAACAAGCACCGCUGGUACAGAACGCAAAAUCAAAGAAGAAAGUCAAUCUGCUAAAGCCAGUACAUCUGGCACAAAACGUAAGGCUGAAGAAACAGAUGAGGAAGAAAGUGAGCAAGAUUCUACUGAUGAAGAGUCUGUGAAAACUGAAUCUAAGAAAUCAAAGGAUAAAAGCAAGAAAUUAAAGAAGCAUAAAAAAGAAGUUAAGCAAGAAAAAAAGCAACCUUCGAAAGUUAAGGAUAGUAAGGAGGAGAAGAAGGACAAAUCUAAAAAAUCAAAAGAUAAAGAUAAAAAAGCAAAGAAGCAAAAGAAGGAAGAUGAGCAAGAAAAGAAACAACCUUCAAAAGAGGUAAAAGGCAAAAGUAAGGAUGAUAAGAAAAAGGAUAAAAAAGAAAAGAAAAAGGAGAAAUCCUCUAAAAAGAAGGAACUCUGA